AUGGGGCAGUCGACGUCGAUCCAAGAAGACAAGAUGAAGAAGCGCGCGCGCCAAGCCGUGGGUACGUUCAUGGACUUCGGAACGCACUUGACGAACGCCAACGAGUGGGCUCAGAUCUGUGCGACACCCAAGAACUGCUACUUAUCGUUUCGUAUUGUCAUCGACCGUCAUACGUCGGCGGAGCUGCUGCCGUACGUCUGGAGGCUUUGUGGCAAAGUGAUGGUUGAAGUGCGAAAGAUGCGACGACCUGUUACGAAGCCGCUCGAUGUGGCGAGUUUACGCUGCCGGUCGUCCGUGGGCGAGACCGGAAUCACAGAGACAAUCGGCCAGGCCAAGAUGUUGAGUGUGGCCCAGUUCUAUUACAUGUACUGCUUUCUAUCGGACGUCAAAGCGUGCGCUGCUCAUACUGUGCGCUUUCCCGACCAGACGGGAAGCGCCAGUGACUCGGGCUUUGACGAGACGGAGUGUCAGAUCUGUAUGGACAAGAAGAAACAGGUAGCGUUGCCGUGCGCCCACAGUUUCUGUCUCAGUUGUUUCCAGCACUGGAGUACGCAGAGCCCAACGUGUCCCAUCUGUCGCGCCCCUUUCGAUUGCUCGGAAGGCGACGAGAUGUGGCAGUUGACGUCGAACGAGGUGGAAGAUCUGGGCUCGUAUGCAACUGACUUGGUUGCGCGGAUCUACGAGUAUCUGGACAAGUGCAACAAGUCCAGGUUCACGGAAGAAGACAUGAAACGGUCUGCUGAGCUCUACACAGCCGCAAUUGCUGUGAAACAGACGCCGCUGCACAAGUUUGUGCGCACGGACUUGUUCCCCACGGCGUUGCCGCUUGGGUUUCCCUUUCAUUUGCGCAGUGGGAUCCGCUUUGCGACGGAAAUUGACUCCGAUCUGAUGCUGGCACUUGAAGUGGCGUCAGACGAGGAUCAGCAUGCGGCGAUGCGACACUUUGAACAGCUUCGGCAGGACCAAUUGCUUGCUGCGGCGAUGAGUAGGCAGGCAGAAAGCGAAGAGAGUCCAGACGAGUCGUGA